AAACUUUUAGGGGUUUUGGGGCCCUUCAUCUGCUUGACUGGAUUUGUGCAUCCUUACUUAGCUUCUGCUGCUUGGUUUAGAGUUGGAUUGCAACGAGGAAAAUAUAUGUUUUGUGCAUGGCAGCUAGCCAGUGCUGAACUGAGAAGAGGUAUUUUGAUUAUCCGCAAGAACUUUUGGGUUGGAUGUUCCUGGACAUAUGGUUUACCUCCAAAAGGCGAUCUGAAUAACAGGUGGCAGGGGUCAGCAGGACUCUCAGUCAGAACAGCAUUGGAUGUUUGUUGCAGAUUCAUGGGCCUGAAAGACCAUCUGGAUGAUGGAACAGGCCACAUCCUCGAACUGGGGUUAGACUACCUUCAUGUGAAGGCUACAGAUCAGCAGACUGGCGCUGACGCCGGACUUAUCAUGGACAGUGGUUCAUCUGACACAGGUGAUGUUGUGGCCCCCUGCACUAGGAGCUGCGGUUCUUCUCCACAAGAUGACUCAGAGGAAAGUGCAGGGUCAGACAGUGAGCCUGCACAUAGCCACAGUCAAUCGCUUGGUGAUGGGUCCAUCCAUGCAGUCCAACCACCAAACUGUUGGUCUCCAAGUCUGGAUGUGGAUUCCUUGGUUCUGGAUAUGGUACACCAAGAGCCAGGCCCUGUGGAUACGCUCAGGGAAUACCAGACCAAGAUGGAGUUUGCCCUUAAACUCGGCUAUGCAGAAGACUUAGUUCGGCUGGUUCUGAACAAGCUUGGGUCAGACGCACUGAUCAAUGAUGUUCUUGGGGAGCUGGUAAAACUGGGCAGUAAGCUAGAGAAUGAGGGUGGGACACAGACUCUCUCCCAAUCCACUUCCAUAUCAUCAUCAUCAUCCUCUGGCACAUCUUCUUUCUGCAGUUUCUCUGACUCACUUGACUCUCGACGGUCAGAGUCACCUUCUGUGGAAGAUAAGGAUAACCUCCGCCCAAUUGUUGUUGAUGGCAGCAAUGUGGCCAUGAGCCAUGGCAAUAAGGAGAUGUUUUCCUGUCAAGGCAUUCAGCUCGCGGUCGACUGGUUUCUUGAACGUGGCCAUCGAGACAUUACAGUUUUUGUCCCAGCCUGGAGGAAAGAACAGUCCCGUCCUGAUGCUCUUAUCACAGAUCAGGAGAUUUUGAGACGUCUGGAAAAGGAUAAGAUUCUUGUAUUUACACCCUCACGACGUGUCCAGGGCCGCAGAGUAGUCUGCUAUGAUGAUAGGUUUAUUGUUAAGCUAGCUUAUGAAUCAGAUGGCAUUAUUGUCUCCAAUGACAACUACAGAGACUUGGCUGUUGAGAAACCGGAAUGGAAAAAAUUUAUUGAUGAACGCCUGCUGAUGUACUCCUUUGUAAAUGAUAAGUUUAUGCCUCCUGAUGAUCCGUUGGGUCGACAUGGGCCAAGUCUGGAGAAUUUUCUUGGAAAAAGACCCAUAAUUCCAGAGCAUAAGAAACAGCCAUGUCCAUAUGGAAAGAAAUGCACCUACGGGCACAAGUGUAAGUUUUACCAUCCAGAGCGUGGUACCCAGCCUCAGCGAGCGGUAGCAGAUGAGCUCCGUGCCAAGAACUCCACAGUGAAAAGUGUGGGAGAAACAGUUCUCGUGAAAAGCCACAGUGAGCCUGGAGGCUCCCGUAAUGAUAAAGCUGGAGACGGUAAACGACCUCUACCAAAGAGGCAAUUGGACCCCAGUAUCCGUGCCCUUUCUUACAGUGAUGUGGAGGAAAAGCUGUGUUCCAAAACUAAAGCAGACCUGUAUAAGAGCAACCUAGCUCUUCCUCCAGCUCCAGGAGGUCCUCCUUCCUGUCACGGGUAUAGCCAGGACCUGAAAGAUCUGAAGCAGACUCAAGCAGAACCACAUACAAACUGUGAAUCUCCCGAUCUUUAUUACUCCAUGGUUAGGGCAUAUUCUGGCCUAAGCCUGCCCUCUCAGAGCAGUCCAGAGCGUCACUUCCUCUCUGAUGCUGAUCCACGGACUAGCUCAGUGGCAUCAGAUUGCAGCAGCGAUGGCAGCAUGAGCUCCGAUUCUUAUGGCAUGGCAACCCACAAUGAACAUUCUUGCAUGAGUUCUCCUGAUUUAUUACUGGAUGAAGGAAUCAAAUGCCAUCACCACCAUCACCAUCGUAGAAAUUAUCAGUUACCCUCUAUGAUUUCUCCAGGUUUCAUUCUCUCUCCUGCUACAUCUAACAACCCAGGAUUUCAUCACAGCAUACCUCGUGUUCAUAGCUUUCCUCCAGAAGACCAGCAAGAUCCCCAUUUUCAGCACUCUGUUUCUUACAUGUCUCCACAACGCCAGCAUCAAGUGGUAGGCUCCCGCUCAAGCUAUCCUGGAGACUAUCCUCCUCCCUGUAAGAGCAACACUCACUCCCAGAACUCUCCAUUGGGUCGCGGCCUUGCCUCAACACGUGUGGACAGCGUGUCAGACUCCAGGCUUUACGAACACUCUCCUUUGCUGCCUAGAAAACCCUAUGUAUCCCAAGAGAGGAAGACCAGCUGGGAUCCAUAUUACAGACAGCACCCACAACAACGCUAUGAGCCCUUCAGUUUCCAAGAUCUUUCAAAGAACCGUGAACAGAUGUGGUGGAUGCCCUGGGGCUGUUCUUCUGCUCCUCCUCCUCCCCAUCUGCCCCAUGCUUUAUCACACCAGCACCAGGAGCCACUUGCCUUGAGUCGUUACCAGGAAGUACGAGAGAAAGUGUUUACCAAUCUGUGCAACAUUUUUCCCACAGAGCUAGUGCAGUUGGUCAUGGGACGGUACCCCCAUGUGACUGACGCCCAACAGCUUGCAGCAGCCAUCUUGGCAGAAAAGAACCAUGCUGGAUACUAAGGUCUGAGGUAAAACGAAAAUAAUCAUUUACUCACCCUCACAUUGUCACAAAUGUGUGAGUUUCUGUCUUCAGAUGAACACAAACACAAAAAAUAUAUGGGACCCCCAAAGAUAAUGCUUCAAAAGCUACACACAAAACACAAUGGUAAUCCACACUACUCCAGUUUUCUGAGGUAAACUAUAAGUGCGUGUGAGAAAGCACUAUUAGGUUAACUUUUUUAAAAUAUAAACCGUUUGACCAUCUGUCAAAUGUGUACCUGAUAUAAACGUCAGCAUGUUAUGAAAUGUGAUAUAAGUGCAUUGUGAAGUGUGUGAAGCACAGAAGCUUGUCUUUAAGAACAUAAACCUUACAUCUUGUGUUCAUCUUAAGAAAGUUAUAUACAUUGUGGGAUGGCAAGGUGAGACUUUUUGAAUCGGAGUAUCCCUUUAACAGUGCCAGGCUCUCUGUUAACACCACGCUCUCUGGCAUCUUCCUGCACCCUCAUAAAACCGAGGUGUCUGAUAAGUUUAUUUAUGUAAAAGUUGCAUUAAAAGCAUCAGAUUUAAAUUCUCAGCUUUGAGAAAGUAAUGACCUCGUGAACACGGACACUGUAAUAUUAAACAUCUUCUUCUUGUUGGUUGACCUAAGAGGAGAAUAUAGCUAUAAAAGACGUUUUAAAGACUAGAAGUGUGAAUGUUGUGACGCGUGUGAUAUUUAUUUUUUUCCUAUUUAUUUUCUGAAAUGUUUUACUUUAUGUUAAUGAUUAUGUUCAGGUGAGCAUGUAAUGAAUCACAAGGCACUUUCUAUUGCUUUUUAUCAAAUUCAGUGCAGUUUGAUAACUUAUGGCAAUCAGUAAGAGGAGAUACAAGGCCAGAGUAUUUGUAGGUGUAGAUAGUCUACAAUAGAAUCUAAUAGAACAGCUUGGCUAUUAUAUCUGAGAAGCUGCUUUGAAACAAAGCGCUAUACAAAUAUAUCUGACUAGAGAAAACCGGAGUUUAAAGCAGUGUAUUCUGUGUCUGUUCCAACAGAUCAAGCCUCGCUGAUAUGAAACGAGUGUAAAGGGCAGGACCCUCUUCACUUUGCUAGAAUAUGACGAACUUGAAAAAAAAAUAUUUGAGGAAUAUUUUUUAUAUACUGCAAGUUUGUUCAUUUCAGAAAGAUAAUCACUUUCAAAUUCAGAGGUGCUGUCAUGAGAAUAGCUUUAUAUUUUUAUAUAGCCAUAAUCCUGCAGGUCUUUGGCUCUUCCUCCUCUUUGUGAUGUAAUGCCAACUCUCACUUGAAUUAUUUGUGUGCUUUUUUUUGUUUGCUUUAUUAUUUUUUAUUUUUUCCCUUGUUUCCUCUUAAUCACAUUAUCCAUUAUCUAGUUACAUUUAAAUUUGUUUCUUUAUAUGCAAAAGUGGAGUAACGUGCCUAUCACUGACUGCUUAUAUUGGCAUUUUAAUUAUGAUUUUGUGAUGUUUCAUUCAUUGCCCUAUAGGGUCCCACUUUAUAUAAGUGUCUUUAACACCUGUGUACUUACAUAGCAACUAGAUGUGUAAGUCGUGUGCAAGCGUACAUUGGUACGUAUCAGUAUCUACAGCUCCAGUGUUUGUGUAACUACACAUCUAACAACCCAUUGAAUGGUACAGGACAUUGAUAACGGCACCUUUCUGUUAAUGAAAGUACAAAUGUGUGACAGCACCUCUUGGUAAAGAAAGGGUUACAGUUCCUACAGAUUUACCAUUGAAAUCCAGAAUGUCCAGAAUGGUACAUUUUAGGUUAAGCGGACAGUUCCUGAUAUUACUCCACCAACUCAACAUCCAACUAAACCUAACCUACCCAUCCCCCCCCCCUGGAUCAAAUCGUCCUAAUUACUCUACAUUUUGUUGCAACAGUAUGUACAGUACUAGUUAUGUAAUUCCUGUUUCACGUUAGUAAAGUAAAAAAAAAAGUGUUGUCACCAAAAGUCCUGUUACACAUUAGGGACACAAUAUGAAGUGGGACCAGAUAUAGAGAUGUGUCAGAGUGUGCUUGCUUGUUAUUUGGGAAUGGGCUUAGGUGUUCUGUAGUUCUGUCAGUGUUAUAAUAGGAUUAAUGGUCUGAAUGUAGCAAAGGGUGUAGUGUAGUGAAGACAGUUUUGUCUGUGUACCUUAGUUUUAGUAAGGGACAUCUCUGGCUUAUGCGUGCACGGUACUGUAUCCUGCUCUUGUUGAACGCAACUAAGGUUUGCGACCCGAUUAGGUGCAGAUUUCGUUUUUUUCAGGCAUUAAUUAUUCCAGAAUUGUUUUCAUAACAUGUGAUAUAGCUGUCCUUGUUGAUACAAAUUGUAUCUUUUUAACUUAAAUCCAGAGAUGUUUAUAUACAUAUGAUCUAUGAAAAGUAUAUUCACUCACAAAGUUAUGUACAAUAGGUAGUACAUGUAUAAAUUAAGAAAUAUUUUGGACAACAUUUUGAUGAAGAUAACUGUUUCAUGUUUUUGAGGGAGAGAAAGAGCAUCAAAUGCUUCUAAAAUGAAGAAGGGCCAGUAAUUAACGAGCUAAUUUAUUUUAUUUUAAAGCAAAUGUAUUUACAAACUUAUUUCUUAAUUUAAAAAAGUAACUGGAGUAAAUGGGGGACUGGAUCUGAGCAAGUUAUUGUGAACUUGAACCCUUCAGUUACUGGUUACUAUAGAAAUAAUGGUUAAACUAUUUAGUUCUUGAAAUAUGGGAUUUUUUAGGGUCAUGAAUGUGCGUGCAAAGUUUCACCAUUUUGCAUAAAAAAAACCCCUGACUUGCAAACUGACCCCCACUGGUUUCCAUGCAAAAUUUGACCAGAAAUCUGACUAAAAGACACAAGAUUCAAAUGUUUUUUUAGUUAAGGGUUCACUUCCUGAUUAAUCUAAAGAAAAUUCGCUGUUCCUUCAUAGAUUCACAGUCAAAGGAUGUUUCUCAAUUAACAAAAAUAAUAACACAGAAGUUACUUACUUCUUGAACACACGGGUUCUGAUCAUUUAAAUACUAAUCAUGGACUUGUUCUGUUAAACAUUUUUACAUCUGAAAGUUCAAAUAGAUAUAUAUGAAGGCAGAUGUCAUUUUUGUUGCAUUUAAGAGAGUUUAGUUUAAGGGCAAUGAAUGAGCUGUUAAGCUGUGGUAAAAACACUGCUUGACAACUUUUAUUUUGAAACAAGAAGAGCCUUCCCUUUGGCCUUGUGGCACUGUGUGCCGUUCUUGGCGGUGGUGUGGGCAUAGAGUAUUUGCCUCUACAUGGCAUUGUGCUUAAGACACAUCUGAAUAAUCUGAACCAUGUUCAGUCAACUGUUUUCAAUGAGAUAUUUUUGUUUACUAGCAAUGUACUUGCAAGGUAUCACAAAUGCUUGAGUACGUGUUAUGUUACCUUUAGUAUUGACUGAUGUUUAAAUGUGGAUAAUGUUUUAUAACGGCAUGUAGUUCCACAGACUGAUUGUAUUUUUGGUCUUUACCAUUGAAAAACGUGUUUGGAAGGGGUGCUUUAUGAAGCGGUUUAUGACGAGAUGUUUGAUGUGCAUUCAUCACGUACUUGUUUUCUGCAAUAUUGUAACGCUACUGCCUUUACAUCAACAAUUAAUCAGCCUUCAAACGCCUAAUAAUGCAAAGGUCAUUGUAGAAAUCAUUGCGGUCUGCGAGCUUGUGAUGCACACAAAAUAAUGGAAAGAGUUUCCUGCUGACUGAGAUGCUUCGAUGUUGAGUAUUAAGGUCUCCGUAAUAUUUGAUGUGUCAGUGGGCUUUAUGCUUAAGGACCAAAGGAAGCGGUGAGUUUGGUAACAUUUUUAAUGGCCACUGCCAAUGAUGCUUUAGUUGUUCGAAGCAUCGUAUUACAAAGAGUAAUAUGUGGUGGUAAAUAUGUAACUUGUUCAAAAUGUUAUUGAUUUUGUAUUUGCUGUCAUCUCCAAAUAUGUA